UUCAACAACAACAGCUCGUCAGAAACCUCUGUAGCUUGCUAGACAAAAAAGCCGAAACAAUAAAGCUAUUUAGACUGCUCCGGUGUAUUACUAGCUAUGUUUUAAACACACUUCUGUCGUAUCUACUUGUUAUCCCAUUUAAUUUAAUAUUCAUGCCUACGUUGUUAGUUACCGUCGUCAUCUACCCGUCUGGUUAAGAUAGCAGUAGCUCCAGGCUAACCAUUAAUGCUAACUAGUUAGCUAGCUAACAUCCCCGACCAUGAGUUCACUGAGCUACUCUCCUCCUGCUAAAGAAGAGGGGGUCUGCUGGACGGAGAAAGAGGGUCUGUGGCUGAACGUUGUCGUGAAAGAAGAGGAGGAUGUUUCGGUAAAAAAAGAAGUAGAGGAUGAGGCUGUUCCAGUGAAAGAAGAGGAAGACGAGUUCAGAGUGAAAGAGGAGGAAGAUGUUACAGUAAAAGAAGAGGAAGAGGGGGAGGAUGUUACUGUGAAAGAAGAGGAGGGGAAAGAGGUGGCUGCAGUGUUUGGAGUGAAAGAGGAGGAGGAUGAGAUUACCGUUACAUUGGGGGAGGAGGAACAAGAAGAGAAGACCGGAGAUCUGAUUAACACCAGAGAGAGACCAGACUCUCACUCUGACAGCGGAAGAGUCCUUCAGGGGAACCAGACCCAGAGACGUCCAAACCAGCAGGAAAACACCACUGUUCCCUCUGUGGAAAGAGUUUUACUAAGUUAGGCAACCUGAAAGCGCAUGAGAUAAUACACACAGGAGAGAAGCCUUACCACUGCUCCCAAUGUGGAAAGAGUUUUACCUGGAUAGGGAACUGGAAAACACAUGAGAAAAUACACACAGAAGGGAGGAAGACUUUCCACUGCUCCCAAUGUGGAAAGAGUUUUACCAAGUCAGGGUCCCUAAAAAUGCACGAGAGAAUACACACAGGUGAGAAGCCUUACCACUGUUCCUAUUGUGAAAAGAGUUUUAGGUGGUUGGUGACCAUGAAAACUCAUGAGAAUACCCACACAGGAGCAAAGCCAUACCAAUGCUCCCUGUGUGGAAAGAGUUUUACCCAGUUAGGAGGCCUGAAUAGACAUGACAGGACACACACAGGAGGGGAUAAGACCUACCACUGCUCCCACUGUGGAAAGAGAUUUAACCGGUUAAGGCAUCUGAAUAAGCAUGAAAGAAUACAUACACAGGAGGAGAAGACAUACCACUGCUCUCAUUGUGGAAAGACAUUUUCCCAGUCAGAGGACCUGAAAUCACAUGAGAGAAUAGAGAGGCUGUGUUCUGACUUGUGUUUUUGACCUGAGAAUGUGUUUUUGUUUAUGGGCCAUUCCACUGUAACGGAGUGAUGUUGAGACUCACGUUUCCACUUUAAAAUGUAUGCCAAGAAAAAAACAUUGAUUGCAAAGUUUAACAAACAAUACACCUACAGUACCAGUCAAAAGUUUGGACACACCUACUCA